AUGACUCUAGAAGAAGCGACCAGCCGCCAGCGCGACCUCCGACACGAGACCAGCACGUUGCGGACCAGCCAGAAGAAACUCAACGCUCAUGUUCGCAAGCUGCAAACGAAGUCUGAUGCCAAGAACAAACUGAAGGAGAAAAUGCUCAAUAUACAGAAGAAGGUCCAAGGCAUUUGCACUCUCCAAGAGGCGAUCAAACAACUAGAGGAAGACAAGGACCGCUACAAUGCAGAAUUGAAGGAGUUGCGGGCGGCUACUGAGGGCUUCAAGAAGGACUUGCAAGACAAGGAGGAUGCUAAGACUGACGCCGCCAAAAAGAACAGAUUAAUAAUAGAAUCGAAACGCAACUACAUCGCCAAAGUAGUGAAAGCCGUAGACAGAAUCAAGACGGUACUAUCCGAGCUGCGCCAGCACGAGGAGAAGAAAAUCCCGCUACAGAUGAAGAUGUUCAAUGAGCUCAACGACAAGCUGUCAGACAAGAGGAAACAGAUACUCAUUGACGAGAGCGUGCUGGGGAAGCGGAGGCAUAUCUUGAGGGACGAAAUUGCUAAGCAAGAGCUCAAUCAACGAGACUUGGCCGACAACCUCAAACUGCGCGGCAUCCAGACAGAGAUAGAAAAUUGCGAGAAAGAGAUCUCCGAGAUAGCGGAGAAGACUAACGGUUUCAACAUGGACCUGCUGAAGGAAAAGAGUGCCCUUGCAACCAAGGAGAAGCAGAUUAGCAAGGAGAGAGAACAGAAUAAAGGGAAAAUGCAUGCGCAUAAAGACAGACUGAAACAGUGCAAGCAAGACUUACAAGACAUGAUAGACCAGGGCGUAGAGAAGACCUACAAGGAGAAAUACUACCAGCUCACGGUGACCAAGGCGAUGAGCAAAGACAUUAAAGAUUACUAUAUGGCGCUGGAGAAGUGCUUACUAGAAUUCCAUAAGGAGAAGAUGAAGAAUAUCAACCUUAUUGUAAGAGAAAUGUGGAGAAAGAUCUACAGAGGAAACGACAUAGACUAUAUCGAGAUAAAGACUGAUGGCGGCCUAACGGAAGACGCGGACCGGUACAAAUAUAACUACAGAGUGGUGCAAUGUAAGAACGGCGUCGAGAUCGACAUGCGCGGGCGUUGCUCGGCGGGGCAGAAGCUGCUCGCCUGCCUCAUCAUACGCCUCGCGUUGGCGGAAACCUUCAGCACCAGGUUCGGCGUCCUAGCACUAGACGAGCCAACAACAAACCUGGACCAGGAAAACAUAAAAUACCUGUGCAUGGCGCUCAACGAAAUAGUCCAAGAGCGAAUGGGCCAGAAGAACUUCAUGUUUAUCAUCAUCACGCACGACAAGGAGUUUAUCGACUCGCUAGGACAUAUCGAUCAGGUGUCCCACUACUAUGAGGUGUCGAGAAACGGCAAGGGCAAGUCUGAGGUGAAGAAAGUAUGCUUCUCUUAAUGUAAUCUCAAAAUUUAAAGACUAUUGUGGUAAACAAUUUGUCACCCUGGCAGUGAUGGUUUUUGUGGGCAGAAAACAUUAUUAGCUACAUAGAAAUGUGCGCUUUUCUUACAAAAGAAUCAAAUUGUCUGCCAAAAACAUGAAACUAUUUAAAUGAUAAAUGGUUCGUGGAUUAUUUUCGUUUAACUCGGGAAUUGUUCAACUAGACCAAUGGUUAGGGCAAUAAAUAAGGACUCAUUUAGACGU